UAUUACUCGGCAUUAGAUGUGACCGCGUGUUUUGAUAAUUGUUAGCUCUGUAGCCGACGUACAAAUAUUUACAUUCAAAUGAAAAAUUAUGUGUCCUCUUUCGUUCUCUUUUAUACUUUUCGACAGAAAGGUUCUUGUAUCAGUUACACGCGUCCAGUGACUUCAAACGGACACAAUGCCACUAAGUAAUAUAACUAAAAAGAAUGUGCGGGAAUAUUAUACAUUACUGUCGAAUUUUGAAGCACAGUGUAACUUUUGUGAAAAAAAAUAUACUUAUAUAACAAUUAACACCUUAAAACACCAUAUACAUAGUCAGCAUAGAGAAAUUGAGAAAUACGAAGAAGAAAGAAAACGAAAAAAAUGGCCAUGGAUGUAUUUCAAGUACCUAAACGAAUCAUAUUCGCAGUGUAUUAUCUGUGAUGCAAACGUUCUGUCUAUAUCUGUGGAAUCCAAAUCUGUGGAAAAGCAUUUAACAGAUUUUCAUUCUGAAGAAGAACAAGAGAAUCAUACACAAAAAAGUUGGCUAGAAAAAUAUUUUGCGAAAAGUGAUGAUUUUUCUAUGAAGUGUAAUAAAUGUCACAAAGAAUUAUCGGUUGCUAUUCAAAAAAUUAAUUUAACUGAACAUAUAAAAAAUUCACAUCCAAACAAAUUAAAAAAUACACAAGAAACAUACGACACAGUUAGUCCGUCAAAACGCAUCUCGUCACUUGAAACGGACACGUCUAUGUCACUAAAUAUGGCAACUAAACAGUAUCUGGGGCAAUAUUAUGUGAAACUAUCGAAUUUUAAAGCGCAGUGCAUAUUUUGCAAAAAUGAAUACAAAUACUUACAAUAUAAUAACUUUGAAAAUCAUAUAGCAGCACGUCAUGAAGAAAUUUCGAAAUACGAAUACGAGAGAAAACGAAAAAAAUGGCCCUGGAUGUAUUUCACAUAUCUAAACAAAUUAUGUUCAAAAUGUAUUAUCUGUAAUGCGAGACUUCUUUCUACAUCUACGGAAAGGCAUUUAAAAGAGCAUACUAAACAAGAACAAAAGAAUCAUAAACUUAGAAGCUGGAUACGGAAAUAUAGUACACUAAAAGAUGAUUUUGUUAUGGAGUGUAAUAUUUGCCACGAUAACAUAACUCUUACUGUUAGCAGUAAGCUAAAUUAUCAUAUAAAUAAUAAUCAUUCGGACAAAUUGAAAAAUAUGCAAAGAACAUACGACACAGUGGAUUCGUCAGAAAGUGUUUCGUCACUUGAAAAAAACACAAUGUCACUAAAAGAUUGUUAACGAAAUGUCCGCUUUAUAAUCUUUACAUAUACAAAAAUGCACCAAAAAAUGAUUAAUCGCGAAUAAAAAUACCAAAGACAGAUAUUAUCAAGAUUAUAUUUUAACUCACUGACGUGAAUGCACCAUUUAUGAUGAGAACGAUUUAUUCUUAUCUAAAAGUUUAGAAGGUCACUUGCACUCGCACUUCUAAGGAUCAAUUAAAGAAAUAUACAUUUCAGAGUUGGCUAUGGAAAUACAUGUACCAAAAGUGAUGAUUUUGAAGUAUAGCGUAAUAAUUGUCACAGAAAUAUAUCUGUUAAAGAAAAUUCAUUUCAAUCACUACAUAAAGACGAACACCAUUUGGCUAACCAACUAAAUUGAAUAAAAGUAAUAGCAAUUUUUCCAGAAGCUAACAAUGAGAAUGAUGGUAACGGCAUCUAAGUAGGAUCGCAACCAGCAAUAAUAAUAAUCCUGAUUCUGACGAUUUUAUUUAAUUAAAAGAAAUGCAAGAAAAGUGCCAUAUAUAGCUCUGACG